AUGAAAAUCUUUUAAUAUAAUUUGCUUGCAACAUUUGCAGUUUAAAUAUCAAUGUGCUGUGUGUUGAUAAAAUUACCGUAUAUCUACCCACUUUAAACAGCUUUAAUGGAUAACACUGAUUAAUAUGAUGCUUGUUGUGCUGGGGUUGGAGUGUGGAGUAGAUAUGUACCUCUUAGUAAUCUAAUAUAAAUUGGAACAAUUGGUAUGCUUGAUAGUAGUUGUUUUCAUAUUUUUAGAAUAUAGGAUAAGACAAACAAUGAAUUACAUUUUAUAUAUUAUGAAUGUAUUGAUUAUGAGAAUAAAACAAUAAAGAAAUAUUUUCUAUUUUUUGAUAAGGAAGUUGGAGAUAUUAAAGAAGAGAAUCUAAUUGAUCAUACUUAAUAUGAAUUUGUUUGGUAUUUUGAAGGAUUCUAUACAAAUCCUUCAAAAUAGCAAGUCAUAAUAUAUUUAUUAGAUGGAAUGAAGUAAAUAUCUUAAAAAACAAUAUCAUUGCUGUUUCCAAUUGAUAAAUAAAACUUUAAUCUAAUCGUUGGAGGUGAUUUUAUUGUACCCCAAAAUGUUCCAUUUGAACUAUUUGAAAGAGAUAUCCUAUCUUAUUUUCCAGGAGAAAUUAUAUAUGUUAAGAAUUGUUUUCCACAAACCACUGAUUAUUUUACUUACAUCAUCUAAGAAGUCUACAAUACAGAUUGUGUGUGUGAAUAAAGUUUAACAACUAUCAUAGAGGAUGUAUAAAUAACAAAAUAAAGUUUAUAUGAGUUUGUUUCCCAAUAAUCUAAUUGUUAAGAAUUCUUAUUGUCUGGUUGGAUAAAAAUUUAAGAAAUUUAUUCAUCCGAUGAUGAUUUUGAUUUUUAAUUUAUGAGACUAUCUGGUAAUUUUUAGCAUCCAAAACUAGUAGAACAAAAUUUGUGUGCAUUUUAACUGUUUUACAAGAUCUAAUCUGGUUAGAAUCAAAUUAUUAUAACAACCUAUAGCUAUACUUUCCCAUCUGUCGAUAUCGACUUUUCAAGCAAUCCUUUCUUAAAGUCUGAAGUAAUUGAUGUAACCUCUGAUAUUAAAUUAUGGCAUUAUGUAUUAGUAAAGAAAUUAGAAAAUUCAAUUUUGGUUGCUAUUACUUUUUACAAAGGUUUUGAUAAAGAAGAAUUUAAUAUAAAUUUAGAUGUGUUACAGUUUAAUAGAGUGUAAUUUAAGUUAUUAUACGGCAAUUUAUUAUAAUCUUCAUCCAACUACCUAACAAUUUCAAUCGUUGGGUUUCAAUUUUUUAAUUGUUUAGAUUAUGAUGAACCCACGGUAAGUUGCCACCCAACUUGCCAAGAAUGCGAUGGUCCAACAAAAGAUGAUUGUCUAUCAUGCUUUUAGGAAUCAAAUAGAAGAUAUUUACCAGAUUUUAAGCAAUGUAUCUGUGAAUAUGGAACAAUCGAUAUGGAUAAUCAAUGUGUUAAUUAUGAAUUUUUAAACCUUAGAUUAAAUCAAGAAAAACUAUUGAAAGAAGAAUGCAAAUAUGGUUUUUUCGAAUUUGAAGGGGAUUGCUAAAAAUGGUAAUAUUUUCACACUUAUUUAGCCCCUCAAUCAUAAAUAAAAAUGUUAUAACCUGUUUGGAAUGUGUUUAGAAUCCUAAAUAAUGGGCUCAAACUCUUAUUUGUUAAACAACUUUAUAUACAGAUUUAGAUGGAAAUGUAUCAUAAAAGUUGUAGGACAAAAAAUAAUAAUAUACUUUUGUGGGCAAUGAUUUACAAUACUGUCCAGAUUGCAAAAUAGCAGUGACUCCAUCAUAUGAUUUAAUUGAAAACCUAAAUUAAUUUAAAGAUUUUUGUAUAACUUCUCAAUCAAUAAAUGAAAAUUGCUACUCAUGUGGAUUAAAAUGUUAUUCAUGUUAAAUCUUAGAAACAAAUUUAAAUUGCUUAACUGAUCAAAUCAUACCUUUUCCAGAAUAUUAAACUUGUGAACCUCCAAAUUACUAUAAUUUUCAAUAAAAUUGCGUAGCUUGUAAAAUAAAACAUUGUUUGUAUUGUUUCAAUUAUUUUGCAAGUGAUCCAACAAAAACAACUCUUGGGGUUUUAGAUGUUUAUUCUUUUAUUGAUGAAGAAAUUAGAGCUGGAAGUUACUCCCUAAUUGAUGAAGAAAUUAUAGAAGGUUGUGCUUAGUGUGCUCAAGAUUACAUCUAUGAUUUCACAAUUGGGGAGUGUAUUAUUAGAAAGCCGUCCUAAUAAAAUUGCCUCCGAUCCUAUUUCAAUUUUUAAAAGUAAGAAAUUUGCACUCUUUCUAUUAAUGACGAUUUUACUAUCGCUCUGGAAAUUUCUAAUUGUGAAUCCCAUAUUCUUAAUUGUAAGCAAUGUAUCAAAACUCCAUAAUCUACUUUGAAAUGCUUACUUUGUGAGGAUUAUUAGAUGGUGUCUACCUCAACAGGAGUUUGUAGUGCUUGUGAAAAGAGUUUUUCCAAAUCAUGUUUAUUAGAGAACGGUUUAGAUCCUUGGAAAUGGUUAGUUCAAGGCUUUACUAAUUAAUUUUUACCUACUAAACCUAUCUUUUCUUAGUUUAUAGCAAUACCUGAUACUUUAAUUAUUGAAUGCUUACCUGGUUAUAAAAAGAUAAAAAAUGAUUGUUUUCUGCUCUGUGAUUAAAUGUGUUCUGAAUGUAAAGAUAGUGAUACUGGUUUUUAAUGCUCUAAGUGCAAAUAAAAUUAUUAUUAAGACCAUAUAAGAAAUUAGUCGGAAGGAAAAUGUUUUCAAUGUUCCUCAUUAUGCCAGGUUUGUGAAAUUAGACCGAAUGAAGAAAUAAAUGUAUUUACCCUUAAUUAAAUAGAAAAUAAAUCCAUAUUUUAUCCUAACCCCAGAAAAUAUCAUUUUCACUUAUAGAUGUCUUUAAUAAGUUCCUCUUGAUCAAAUUCAAAUCGAUCCGAAUUUACAAAUUGCCUAAUAUUGUUACUAAAAUAAUUGCGACAAAAAUUUAGAAAUAUUUCAUGUAAACUAUAAUUUAAUUUAGGAUAAUACUAAUUGUAAUACUCUUGAAAGAAUUAAUGAUUUUUUAAUAAAUAUAUAUAGUUACCAAUAUUUUAACAAUAUUGGCCUUAAGGAAAUAACUGUUACCUUACAACUAGCAAGAUACUGCUAGAUGUAAGGUAAUCAUCAAAGUCUUGAGAAUUACUAUAAGGAAAAUAUUUUUUCUCUACAAAUAGUAAGAUUGAAGAUUUAAGGCACUAAUCUUCCUGUUGUUGCAAAAAUGUCUUUUACUUUGACAAUUUUAAAAUUUGAUUUUAUUGUAUUAGCUAAUCUUAAAUUUUCAAUUUCCUCUUUGUUAGAACUGAUAUUUCAAAACAGAGGCAAUUCUAUAGAUUUAAAGAUUAUUGAUACUUAAUUUUAUUAGGCUAAAGAUAUUGCAGUAUCAUUAUAAAUUCAAGGAGAUAGUUUCCUUAAUUUAUAUCUGGAAAAUUUGUUAAUUUUUGAUAGCAGUAUUGAAAAUUCGGUAGUAUUUAACAUUUAUUGUACAGAUUUUGGUGAGACUAUUAUAAUUGAUAAAUUCAAACUUCAGAAUUGUAAUUUUACAAAUUCCGUUUUAUUUUAAUUUAAAAACGCUUAAAGAACCAUCAUAAUUAAGAAUAUUAUAAUUGAUUCAUGUGAAUUUUAUAAUUCAUCAAUAGCUCGAUUCGCAUUGAACCAAGAUCAAAUUUCUAAUGUAAUUUUUAAUGAUGUCAAAAUAACAAACUCACUAUUUUAAAACACAAGCUUUAUUUAUAGUAAUGAGAGAACUACUUUUACUAUCAAUAAUCUUUCAAUUGUUAAAAAUAAGAUGAUGAAUUCAAAAUUCAUUACAUUUAAUUAUGAAUCUAAUUUUUAAGACAUUUUAAUAAAGGAUAAUGAUUUAAUAUCAUUUUAAUUUAUAUCAUAAAUAUCAUCAAUAUAUGAAAAAUAAGAAAUUUAGUUGGAUUAGAUUUAGAUCUAAGGAAAUACAAUUCAUUAUUCUUAAAUAUUUGUUACAGAACAAAAGCAAUCAAUAACAUAAACUAGGUUUUUAUUAACUAACUUUUACUUUCAAGAAAACAUAAUGGCCACUUAUCAAGAAUAUCAUUUAAUAAUAAUUAACUGCUUUAAUUUAACUCUUUAGAACUUCUUCAUCUAAAAUACAUAAAAUUAUCAUUUUUUAUCAUUAAUAUCAGUACCUUUGAUAAAAAUUGAAAAUGUAAUUUAUGAAAAUUCAAUUCAGGAAGAAAAAGUUCAACUAUCGUCAGAAUGUCUAUUAAAAUAGAUAUCUCAUUCAUAAUUAUUGUAAGUUUCUGGAUUCAUUGAUAUUACUCUAAAUUUAAUUUAAAUUAAAAAUGUAUUUAGUAUUGAUCAAUCAAUAAUUUCAAUUUAAUCAAAUCCAUUGAUUAUGUUAAAUUCAAACGAGUAUAUAAAAAUUAAAAACCUUAUAGUGAAAGGAAACAUAUUAAUCAAACAAUAAUUAGGAAAAUUAUUUUCUAUAAUUGAAUUAUAAUCUGAAAAGCCUUAAAUCAUCGAAUUAGACAAAUUAAGUUUUGAAGAGAAUAUUUUUCAUUAAUAUAAUAAAGAUCCUUCUUAAACUUCAGCAAGUCUAUUUUAUGUUGAUUCAGGAUAAGGUAUUUUAAUGAUGAAAAAUAUCAAUUGCUUUAAUAAUUCUCUAACAAAUUCUUCCCUAUCAUAUAUUUCAAUUUUUUCGAAUGAAAUAUGGAUAGAAAACUUUUAAGUCUAAAAUCAUAAUUACCAUAAUCAAGAGUUUUGGGUUAAAUAUUACUAAAUUCAAUUUUAAGACAACUAUAAUGAAAAUGAAAUUACUUAUAUUAUUUCUCAAUCAUAUAAUAUUGAAACUAUAGGAGGAGCUUUAUCAACAACAGUAACUAAAUUUACAUUUAAUAAUGGUUUCUUUAGUUUUAUUAAAACAUAAGGUAGUCAAAUUUUUAACAUUAAUUUAUAAGGGGAUGGAAUAGUGAGUAUAUCAGACUGUACUAUUAAUCACGCUCAUAAUUCAUUAGUUUCAAUAUAUGAAUAAGAUGGUGCUUUUACAAUUAGUGGGAAGAAAAGUUUGUUAACACUUUACCUUAAUAAUAUAAUUUUAACAGAUGUUUUAAAUAAACUAUCGUCAUCAAUCUUUUCAAUAUAUCCAUCUUCUUCAAAAAAUAAUCUAAAAUUAACAAAUAUCAUUGCUAGAGACUGUUUCUCCCUUGUUGACUAAAUAUUGAAUUUUAAAUCUGAUUCUCACACAGUUUUAUAGAACGAUGUGAAAAUAGACAAUUUUACAAUGAUUUAGACUGAGAAAGCCUUUUUAGCUUAUGUUUUAUCUAUUGGAAAAGUCAGUUUAGUUGAAAGACAAAAAAUGCUUACUGAUAAUGCAAUAAUGAAUUUUGCUCGAUGUAAAUUAAUCUUAAAUCAAAUUACCAUAGAUGGAAUCUUAUUAUCAUCGAUCAUAAAAAUUAUGGAUUCAAAAUAAAUCAAAAUUGCGAAUUCCAAAUUCACCAAUAUUUAAACAUUUUAUGCCUUAAAUUUAGUAGAUAUCUAAUAAAGCAAUGACAUUAAAUCAAAGAUACAUUUUUCUAAUAUUACGAUAUAAAAUCUUCUUGAUUUUAAUUUUAGUAGCCUAACAUAAUACUAAUUUAAUUAUAAUUAUAUUCAUCUUGAUUCUUCCUAAUGCAGUUUAUAAACUAAUUAAUUAAUAAAUCACAUGAAUCAGAAAGAUUUGGUAUCAACUUUUUUUGAGGAAUUUGUUUCAAAUUCGAAUUAGAAUGGAUCUUUGAUUAAAUUGAAAAGUAUCACUAAUCAAACUCAAGUGUUAUUUAAUAAAAUUAUGUUAUUUAAUAAUGAUUGUUAAAAUUGUUGGAAUGGCUUACUAUAUUUAGAAUUAAUCGAUUUCUAAAAAGCUUUAAUCUCAGAACUAUCAUGCAUUAUGAACUACAUCAAAAAUUAUGGCUGUAUAAUGGCAAAAUCAGAUGCAUAGAUAGACAGUACAAUAUAAAUUGAUAAUUCAAUAUUCAUUUCUAAUAAGGGGCAGGUUGGAGCAAGUAUUUUUGUCUAAAAUUACAAAUUCUAUUUAAAAAAUUCCAUCCUUUUGAAUAAUACAGCGUCAUAAAUGGGAGGUGGUAUCUAUUUUUCAGAGGGUUCUUCAAGAUUUACUUUAUAUUCUUCUUUAAUUUUUAAUAAUUAUGCAGCAUAAGCAGGAGGGAUAUAUUUAUUUGGGAAUAGCAGUUUAACUAAAAAUAAUUUUAUUAAGUCUAUUGUCAUAUUCAAUUUUGCUAAUUUGUCUUCAAAUAACAUUAAUGAAUUACCUUAACAUUUAAGUUUAUAAAUCAAUCUCAUUGAAAUGUUCUCUCAAUAAAAAUUAAUCGAGAAUCAUUUAUAUUAGGUUCUAUAUUUAAAGCCUUACAAAAUUAUAUCCUAAGAUCACACUAAAUCAACUAAUGUCUUAUUUAUUCCGAGUGGUUAAGAAAUAUAAAGUUAUGAGCUUUAUAAUCCAAAGCAGUAAAAAUAUUAAAAUUAUAUAUAUGAUAUAAAAAUUCUGUUUAAAAAUAGUAUGAAUGAAUUAUUAAUCAACUUUCAAAAUUCAACUUGCAAUAUAGAAUAAUAAACUUAUGAUGCUUCUGAAAAAUCAAUUGAAUCCAUUAAAAUAUCCAAAAUGCAGUUUAAUUAAGAUAUUAAGGGUUUUGACCUUGGGUCACUUUAAUUCGACAUAGAUCCAUAUAAUCAGGAAAAUAAGAUUUAAGAGAUUUUAGCUUAUUGCAAUACGUCAUAUUAGGAUGAUUUAUUAGCCUAUAGAAUGAGAGUCAAUAGUUUCAUGUGCUAAUUAGGAGAAUUCUAUAUUUAUUCCGGAUGUCAAAUAUGUCAGCCGUUAUAGGGAUUCUAUUCUGUAACAUAUAACACUACAAAAUGCUCUAUUUUCGAUAAAAAUAAAUUUGAUGCCAUUACUUCUAAUAAAAUUUAACUCAAACCUGGGUUUUGGAGGCCUAAUUAAAUUUCAGAUGAUAUAGAAUUAUGCUUUAAAAAUCCAACUUACUGUGAGGGAGGAUGGACUUUUGGAAAUGACCUUUGUUCUUAGGGACAUAUUGGAGGAUUGUGCGAAGAAUGUGAUAGAUACAAUAUAAGAGGAGCUGGAUCAUUCUUUAAAGAUUAGAAACAACUAGAAUGUAAAUAAUGUUAAGAAUUUUCGAGGUUAUUAUUAACCUUUUUUUUAAUAUCAAUUUGGUACACUUAAUUUAAUUAUUAUAGGGCUAUCCUUUCUACAUUAUUAACAAUCAGAAGUAUUGAAAAAUCCAAUUAAUUAUUUGCAUAACUCAAGGUAAGGUAAAAAUUUGUAGAAAUAUUAUUUAAACUAAAUUAAGGUAAUUUAAUAAAAUAUUUAGAUCAUGAGAGUAUUUUACUUAAACUAUUUCUCAAUUAUUUAUGGGUUUUUUCUCUUAUUUUUACAUUUAAUAUUCGCUUUUCUUUCUCUUUGAAUUUUAUAAAAUAAUCAAGCGAUACAUCCUAUUUUAUGGCGAAUUAUUUUGAAUGUAUUUUAGCUGAAAUUUAAGGGGUUGAGUUAAUUUACAGUAGAAUCUUGAUUAUGUUUUUGCUAAUGGUUGCUUAGAUAAUCAUAAUUUAUAUUGGAUUUAAAGUUGUAUCCGUUAUAACUAAAACUAAAUUUAGGAUGAGAAUCAUAUCUAUUACAAUUUUAUAUUUGUAUAUAUAAAAUUACGCAUCCUUAAUUAAUUAGUAAAUUUAAAUUUAUAAAAACUAGAUUGUUUUCAAUUCUGGCUGUCAGAAAAAUAUCAAAUUUAGACUAUAUAUCAGGUGAUGUAUCCUUGAUAUAUGGGACAAAUAGUCAUAUCUCAUGGAUAUAGGGAUUUGCAAUUCCUGGAUCAACAUUAAUUGGAUUGAUCAUACCCUUAUUGUUGUUUCUAAUUUUGUACUUAAAUAGAAAGAACCAUAACAAGAUAAUUUUUAGAAGACAUGUAGGAUAUUUAUUUAAUGAAUAUACUCAAUACAACUAUUUUUGGGAAAUGAUCAAAUUAUGGAAGAAAACCAUUAUUAUUAUUAUUUUAAUCUAUUUUGAAACUGAAAUAUUUUUGAAGGCAACAUUAUUAGGGCUGUGUUUAUUAUUUUACUAAUUGAUUGCCUAGAAUUCUAAACCCUUUAUUCUAUAGAAGCUUAAUUUAUUGGAUGUUUAGAGCAGUCAAUGUUGUUCUAUAGCUAUAUUUUUUGCAACAGUUAAAUACAUAUGUGAAUAAUCCGAGCAAUAGAAUUCUUCAGCACUUAUUUAAGGUUUUAUCGUAAUUACAAGCAUAAUAUUGAGUUACCCAUUUAUUAUUAAUAUUCUAAAAGUCUAUUAUAAAAAAUAUCGGGUGCAAGGCUUAGCGUUAUUAUUUUAAGGAUUUAAAUCUUUCAAACAUAAUUUUAAAUUCACUAAGUUUUUGGGGGAAAUAUUAGCAAAAUAGAGAUAGAAAGAGGAGUAGACUCAAAGGAAUAUCUAAAAAUUAAAGUCAAUACUCUUAAGGAAUAAAUCAGAUGGACAAUUGUAAAUAAGUUUUAAUUAUUUUUAGGGGAAUAAACAACUUUGGAAAACGUAAUAUGUAAAAAAAGAAAUAAAUAUCAUUAAUCUUAGAUUGCAAUAAUAAAGUUUGA